AUGUCCACUACGCUACUAUUUUGUAAAUCUAAAGUAUUCACACAUGCAACAACGAAUCCUGCUGAUAAUAUCCCUGGGUUCCUAGUGAUAACAAAGAGUCCAGAAGUAUCCAAUAAGGAUUCUCAAAUCUCAUGGAUACCUGAAAAUUCAUUACAACCAAGCCAAAUAUCAUGGUUAAAUAAUCAAGAUAUGAAUUUUGGUAAGAUAUCUUCUCCUACUGAGUCUACAGCAAACCUUCCUUCCACAACCACCAACAGCAAUGGCGCCACAACAAUCCCACUUUCUAUAUUAAUGAAUUUCAAUUUCCAAAUUACAAUAUCAUCUUUAUAUUCUAUUGAAUGUAGACCUCCAAGUCCCAAUGGUUGGUGGUAUGGUUCCACUAUUUUAAAUCUAAAAGAUAAUAACAAGAUUAUUCAAACAUUACCUAUCUUAUUUUUUCAUGAUGAUAUAUGUCCCUCUACAAUUUCUAAGAAGAAGGAAUUGAAUAAAACAUUCACUCCAUUCAUUAAUGGUGGGGAUAUGUAUUAUGGUGCUAUUGAUUUCAAAAAUUCUCUUGCUAAAUUAACUGAUUUACAAAGAACAUUAGUGGCCCCCACUGUUUGGUUAAUUAACCCUACGUUGGAUGAUUUAAGGAAUUUUUCGCCCAAUACAAGUGCUCCUGAUGCAAGAGUUGAAGGAGGUGAUGAUACUACGAGCGGUAGCAAUUCAUUUUUUUGGAAUAAUGUUAAAUGGACAGUCAUGUCACAAAUUGCAGAAGGUACUAAUAAAGCUAGUUCGUUCAUAUCAGGGUUAAUAAGGCAACAUCCUGUAAUUAAAUUCAUUGAUCAAAAUAAAGAUAAGAUACCAAUGGAUAAUCCAUAUGUUAAUUCAUUAUUACAAAAUCCUAAAGUACAAGAAAUUCAAGAAGAUUUUGAUUCAGCUAGAAUUUAUUUGGCAAAAUGGGCAUUGGGAGUUAAAAAUGAAGCUGAAAAUUAUCAGAUUGAUGAAUCAUAUAGAAGAUUAUUAAUGAAUGAAUUAAAUGAGCAAGAUAUGGCAGGGGCAGCUGCGGGAGGGAAUGAUAAUUUUGGAUUUGAAAUUGAUAUGGAUUUUAAAUUUACUGAUGAAGAAUUAAAUAAUGCAAUUCAAAGGAAUUUUCCAUUGACAAGAAAUAAAUGGGAUUCAUUUUUCGAUUCACAAGGUAGAAUUUCGAUUACUAUUGAUGAAUUGAAAGAUUAUAUUGUUCAUGGUGGAAUUGAAAUUAAUUUGAAUGAUGAUAAAAAUGAAUUACGUAAAGAAGUUUGGUUAUUUCUUUUAAAUGUUUAUCCUUGGGAUUCUUCUUUUGAUGAAAGAUCACAAAUUAAAGAAACGUUAAAUGAUUCAUAUUUGCAUUUGAAAACCAUUGCUAUCAAUAAAGAAUAUGAUGAUAUGAUAGAUGCCACAGAAAAUAAAUAUUGGCAUGAUCAAAUUUUCAGAAUUGAAAAAGAUGUGAAACGCAAUGAUAGAAAUAUUGACAUUUAUGAAUAUAAUACUAUUGAUGGGUUACCACCAUCUUCAGCUAAUGUCAAUUCUGAUGAUGACAAUACAGGAGAAAGUGCAUCGGACGAGAAUGAGGAAGGGUCAGAUCAUUGGCAUAUUAAAAAUCCACAUCUUUUGAAAUUAAAAGAUAUUUUAAUUACAUAUAAUAAUUUUAAUCCUAAUUUGGGAUAUGUUCAAGGAAUGACAGAUUUAUUAUCACCGAUUUAUUAUAUUAUCAGAGAUGAAUCAUUAACAUUCUGGUGUUUUGUUAAUUUUAUGGAAAGAAUGGAAAGAAAUUUCCUAAGAGAUCAAUCUGGUAUUAGGGAUCAAAUGUUAACUUUAACAGAAUUAUGCCAAUUAAUGUUACCUAAAAUAUCUAAACAUUUAGCAAAAUGUGAUUCAUCAAAUUUAUUUUUCUGUUUUAGAAUGCUAUUAGUUUGGUUUAAGAGAGAGUUUAAAUUUAAUGAUGUGAUAUCUAUCUGGGAAAAUUUCUUAACAGAUUAUUAUUGUUCACAAUUCCAAUUAUUUUUCAUAUUAGCCAUCUUACAAAAAAAUAGUCAACCAAUAAUUCAAAAUUUGAAUCAAUUUGAUCAAGUGAUUAAAUAUUUUAAUGAUUUACAUGAUCGUAUGGAUUGGAAGGAUUUAAUGGUUAGAGCAGAACUACUUUUCAUCAAAUUUAAGAGAAUCAUGGAUUUAUCUGAACAUCAAAAGGAGCAAAACGUGAUGUUAAAGGGGCCGGACCCAUCAUCAUCAUCAUCAUCUGGUGUUUCCACAGGAUUAGAAAGACAUAGGAAUGCAAAUGCGUCCGCUGCCACGAAUAUUGAUGAAUUAAAUAAUGAAUCGCGUCGGGCGGAGACAAGUAAUUAUCCCUGUGACAGUAAAUAUCUUCAAUUAUUGUUGUCUAGGACGGUAGUCAUACAAAAGGAGGGUGAGCGGACGAAAGAGGCUGUUAAAUAA